AUGGGGACCAUACCGGCGGCGGCGGCGGGGCCGGGCACGGUGCUGGUGGACCUGCCGGAGGACGCGCUGCUGUGCAUCCUCGCCCUCCUCGCGCCGCCCGACGCCGCCGCCGCCGCAUGCGCCUGCCGCCGCCUCGCCGCCGCCGCGUCCUCCCCGGCGCUCCCGCUCGCUCUCGCGCUCCGCCUCGGCCUGCCCCCGCCCCCGCCCCCGCUGCUCCCCGCCUCCCCCUGCCCCGCCGCCGCUCGCAGGCUCCUCCGCUCGCUCCACCGCCUCCGCCGCCUCCUCGGGCUCUGGCGCCGCCUCCCCUCCAGUUCCGGCUACGCCUCCCCGUCCCUCGCCGCGUUCGAGUGGGCUCCGCGCGCCACGCUCGCGGCGUCACUCCUCGCCCCCUCCACGGACGGCGGCGUCGGCGUCUCCAAGUCCCCCUUCGUGACGCUCUCCAUCGACGAGUCCGGCGACACGGUGGCGGUCGUCGGGGAAGUGCCGGUCUGCGUCAAUUUCGUCGGGAACAACCACAUUGUGGUCGAGGCGGCGGCGGGUGAAGAUGAGGAGGUGGAAAUGGUGAGCGGUUCUCCGCCGGAGGAGAUGUACUCGCACUUUGCCAAUAGGAAGAGCCCUGGGGCUGGUAGGAGGAGGAGGGGCAAGCAGGGGAGGAGAGGAGGCGGGAUGGAGGCAGAGCACUUCGUGAGGAUUGCGGACACUGAGCCGACGAAGGCACGGCCACUGCAGGGGCUGUGGAAGGUGCUUCUUCUGUGCACACUCUUCUUUGCUGCUGUACAAUCUCUUAGCACUGUGCUGUUUUCAAUUGGAAAGUUUGAUUGUUUCCGUAUUUAG